AUGAUAGGGCGGUGUCAAGCUGAGGCUUUGUUCAGGAGGUCGAGUUUUACAGAUGGUGUUAUUGAUACGGGGAAGAGCUUCAAGAGUUGGGAUACAUGUAUGCACAACAAGGCGUGCAAGAUCAUAGCCAUCGUGGGAAUAGUGAUUGCUUCCAUAGUGGCAGUAUGGCUAAUAGGUGGGCUACUAUCGUGUUUCACUCGUGGUGUUAGUGGUAUAGGUGAGUUUUGCUGUUGGUGCUGUAACCUGUGUAACAAGAACCCCAACGAACCCAACGGCUAUGGGAAUCAGAAUUUUAACACGGUACCGAAUGGGAAAUUUGUAGGCAGUCCUCCAGAUGUUGUAUAUCAGCCUAUCCACAUGCCAGAGAGAGCAUACAAUAAGUUUGAUGCCUACGCUGAAUAUGAUCCAAGAAAAAACAGCAGCAAAAACACUGUAUAUGAUGAGAGCAUUGAAUUAAAUGAUAGGUACGAUCUCGAGAGUCAGAACCUCCAAGGAAGAAGUAGAAAGCAAACACAUUUAUCUCCACAACGUAUGCCUUUAACUAUGGAAACGGAGCGCUUCGAUGGUAGGGAUGAACUGUCUGUCUAUGGUGGCUAUCAUCAUAGAGGGCAAUCCACAAGCGAUGUCUCAGAUAUAAGCUAUGAGAUGGAACCGUUCCCACCUGCACAACAGAGCCCUUCAAGAAGGCAACAUCUAUCCACUAAUUACAACUCGAGCUCUAAUCUUGUCAGUGGAGGUCGUGGCAGUCGUUCAAGUCACACAUCACCAGUAAGACAACCUGUGCGAGCUCCAUAUCCAGCUGAUAAUGAUAGUUAUUAUGAAGAAAAUGUAUAUAGAAAUAACAGAUACUGA